AUGAGUAAUGGUUUCGUUACAAAUAAUACCCAGAAAGGGAUAAUUACCCAAACAUUAGGCAAUUUAAUUACUGUCUGGCCACUUAAUGUUUAUCAGAAAAAGGAACUAGUUUUCCAAGAUGUAGCACCAAUAUCAUCACAAUAUUUGAAACCUGGUGAUUGGAUUCAAAUGGAGGUAGAAGAUGGUGACGUAGUUGUUUAUCGUGAAAAAAUCGAACCUGUACUACAAACAGUGGUUACAGUACGUGGAAAUGUACAGUUGAAGACGCGUAUAUAUUUUCCAAAUGGAAUAAACAAAAACCAUGAGCACGUGAUCGGUUAUUCGGACGAUGUAGGAGAAGUGGGUAUUUUUUUCCAAUGCUCUGAAUUGAAAGCUGAUUUUUCAUAUGAUGUUUGGGUAUCGAGACCUCCAAGAAAACUGGCAUCAUUAGAAAGGCGAUAUAAUGUGCAUUGGUGUCUUGCAAGACAAACAAUGAUUCCAUUAAUGAAGGAUCAUAAUGCAGCAAAGUUUUUAUGGAAGAAUGAAUCGCCUGACAGCAAUUCCGAGUAUUUUAACAAUACGUUAACUGAAAGUGAUAUUAAUUCACAUGAAAUUGAUUUUCCUUAUGCACUAAGUUUUAAUGAUAAUGCUCUAAGAAGAUUAUACAGUGAUCCAAAAGUACGCCAAGCAGUUUACCAGUGCAGUAGCGAUUUCGCGCGCUCAAUUGAAACUUAUCUGACCAGAACGUGUGAUUGA